CGCGCGGCGCUUUUCGCUCUUCACUCGCUGCUUGCGCGACUUCGGCGGCGCUCGCGAAACGGCGCAAAUGGCAACGAUCGCGUUCUCAGCGACUUGGGCUCUCUUAUUAUGGAUAUCACACGCAGCUUCGAGUGCACGGGUUUAUCCUCCGAAUGAAGUGACUUUACUGGACUCGAGAACAGUGCAGGGUGAGCUGAAAUGGGUUUCCAGUCCUACAGAAGGAGGGUGGGAAGAAGUAAGCAUCAUGGACGAGAAGAACACGCCCAUCCGGACGUACCAAGUGUGCAACGUGAUGGAACCUAACCAGAACAACUGGCUUCGGACAGACUGGAUCGCACGCGGAGCGGCCCAGCGCAUUUAUGUUGAGAUCAAGUUCACUCUGCGUGACUGCAACAGCUUACCGGGCGUUAUGGGCACAUGCAAGGAGACGUUCAACCUCUACUACUACGAAUCCAACAAUGACAAAGAGCGGUACAUCCGUGAGAACCAGUUCAUCAAGAUUGACACAAUUGCCGCUGACGAGAGCUUUACGCAGGUGGACAUUGGAGAUCGCAUCAUGAAGCUCAACACUGAGGUACGGGAUGUGGGCGUCUUGACACGCAAAGGCUUCUAUUUGGCCUUCCAGGAUGUGGGGGCGUGCAUCGCCCUGGUGUCUGUGCGGAUUUUUUACAAGAAGUGCCCACUUACUGUACGCAACCUUGCUCAAUUUCCGGACACGACCACGGGUGCGGAUACGUCAUCGCUGGUGGAGGUCCGCGGCUCAUGCGUGGACAACUCAGAGGAGCGUGAAGUACCCAAGAUGUAUUGCGGUGCUGAUGGAGAGUGGCUGGUGCCAAUUGGAAGCUGCCUGUGUAACCCAGGAUUUGAGGAGCGAGCAGGAGCAUGCCAAGCCUGUAAAAUCGGCUACUACAGAGCUUUAGCCAGCGACGCCGGCUGCUCCAAAUGUCCUCCUCAUAGCUACUCGGUGCGUGAAGGCUCCACGUCAUGCACAUGUGACAAAGGAUACUUCCGGUCCGAGACGGAUCCCGCAUCCAUGCCCUGCACCCAACCACCGUCUGCCCCACAGCACCUCAUCUCAAAUGUCAAUGAGACGUCGGUCAACUUGGAGUGGUCAGCACCAGCGUUUUCAGGUGGAAGACAGGAUCUUACUUACAACGUCGUGUGUAAACGGUGCGGGCCGGACGGACAGCGGUGCGAGCCAUGCGGCGUUGGCGUCCAUUACUCGCCGCAGCAGCUCAGCUUACGGACCACACGGGUCUCCAUAAAUGAGUUGCAGGCCCACACCAACUACACUUUCCAGGUGUGGGCUAUCAAUGGCGUGUCACCGCAGAGCCCCGGGUCUGAUCAAGCUGCCUCGGUCACUGUCACCACCAACCAGGCCGCUCCCUCUCCAGUUUCGUCCAUCCAGGCCAAGGACAUCACCCGGCACGGUGUGAUGCUAGCAUGGCAGCAGCCCGAGAGGCCCAACGGCGUCAUCCUGGAGUAUGAGGUCAAGUACUACGAGAAGGAUCAGAACGAGCGCAGCUAUCGCAUCAUGAAGACGGCAUCCCGCAGCGCUGACAUCAAAGGACUGAGUCCUCUCACCACUUACGUUUUCCACGUACGAGCCCGCACUGCUGCCGGCUACGGAGAAUUCAGCGCUCCUUUCGAAUUCAUGACCAACUCGGUUCCUUCUCCUAUUAUCGGCGAUGGCGCAAACUCCACGGUCCUUCUGGUCUCCGUUAUCGGCAGCGUGGUCCUGCUGCUCAUCUUCAUCGCCGUCUUCGUCAUCGGACGCAGGAGGAGUAAAUACAGCAAAGCCAAGCAAGAUUCAGAUGAAGAGAAACACCUACACCCAGGGGUGCGGAUCUAUGUGGACCCUUUCACGUACGAGGACCCCAACCAGGCAGUGCGCGAAUUCGCCAAAGAGAUCGACGCCUCCUGCAUUAAGAUCGAAAAGGUCAUCGGCAUCGGUGAGUUCGGCGAAGUGUGUAGCGGCCGUCUGAAGAUGCCGGGGAAACGAGAGAUCUGCGUGGCUAUCAAAACCCUCAAAGCCGGAUACACGGAGAAGCAAAGGCGCGAUUUCCUGAGCGAGGCCAGCAUCAUGGGCCAGUUCGAUCACCCCAACAUCAUCCACCUUGAGGGAGUCGUCACUAAAUGCAAACCUGUAAUGAUCAUCACAGAGUACAUGGAAAAUGGCUCCCUCGAUGCCUUCCUGAGGAAAAAUGACGGCCGCUUCACGGUCAUCCAGCUGGUCGGCAUCCUACGAGGAAUCGCAUCGGGAAUGAAGUAUCUUUCAGACAUGAGCUACGUCCACCGUGACCUAGCCGCCAGGAACAUUCUAGUCAACAGCAACCUGGUGUGUAAAGUGUCUGAUUUUGGCAUGUCUCGGGUGCUGGAGGAAGAUCCGGACGCAGCUUAUACAACACGAGAAAUAAUGGGAACCUAUCAAUCGCAGGGUGGAAAAAUCCCCAUUCGUUGGACAGCACCGGAGGCCAUCGCGUACAGGAAGUUCACUUCAGCCAGUGACGUGUGGAGCUACGGGAUCGUCAUGUGGGAGGUGAUGUCGUACGGCGAGCGGCCAUAUUGGGACAUGAGCAACCAGGAUGUCAUAAAAGCCAUUGAAGAGGGAUACAGGCUUCCCCCGCCAAUGGACUGUCCCAUAUCUCUACACCAGUUGAUGCUUGACUGCUGGCAAAAAGAGCGAUCUGAGAGACCCAAAUUUAGCCAGAUCGUCAAUAUGUUGGACAAAUUAAUCCGUAAUCCCAAUACGCUAAAGAGGACUGGAGGAGAAAUAGCAAGACCCAACACCACCCUUCUAGAGCCUAGCAGUCCAGAAUUCUCUACUCCCCUGGGCACCGUGUCUGACUGGCUAACAGCCAUCAACAUGGAGCGUUACCGUGACAACUUCACCGCCGCCGGCUACACCACCCCAGAGGCGGUAGUGCACAUGACGCAAGAAGACAUGACGAGGAUAGGCAUCUCCUCGGCCGCGCACCAGGACAAGAUCCUCAGCAGCGCGCAGGGAAUGUUGUCCCAAAUGCAGCAGAUACAGGACAGGAUGGUUCCAGUCUGAUCAGAAACUCACAUAUUUUUUUUCCUCCCUCUUGUUUUUGUUUUGUUGCAUUAUUAGACAGAAAAAAAAAACAUUUUUUUACCUCAUCCUCAUUUACGCACUUUAAAAAAAAAACGAAUCGAAGACAAAAAAAAAGGACAAAAAAACAAGGACGAACGGCUAACGGCACUUUUUUUUCACCUUUUGUUCGGAGGAUUCGUUCCCUUCUGCGCUGUUGUGAAACUACGUUCAUUUUUUUGCUACACGAUGGAACUUCGAGGGCAUGCUCUUUUUGGUUUUUUCUUUUUCCAUCGCCUUGUUUUAUUCGUAUGUAUGUAAAUGUAAAUACGUAGAACUUUUUGGAAUUCGUGCCAUUUCAUCGUUCGGUCCACCUGCAGAUUUAAAAACUGUGGCUUUAAAAUAAAAUAAAAAAAAAAAAGACAUUCUGAAGCUCUUUAUUAUAAUUUUUUUUUUCUUUCUGGGAUUUCUGGCUUCACGUGAAGCGUCUCCGCCCCUUUGAAAUGGAAUAUCUGUCUCCACUUGGCUGGCAACUCAUGCGCGCCGACGGAUUAGAGAACGCUGCUCUGAGUUGAGAUCUCUCUUGCGUCUUUUUCUCUCCAGCUUGGUCUCUAUGGGUUUUUUUUUUCCCCUUCACUCUCUCAACCUCGCUCAAGCUGUGGCUGUGAAAUUCCCACUCACUGGAAGCUGGAUGGAACUAAGGGUCCUGUCAUGAGGUUUCUGCGUCGUAGCCACAUCCUUCACCACCUUUUGCGAAAGCACAAAUUAUUUACAAGUCUUCUCUCAAGAUUCCUCUCAACUGCAGAAAAUCUUCCAGACACAAAUAACAAGCAGAGAAGAGGCUACAGAUAAUUUGCACCCCCCCCCCACCACACACACAAGAGCUUUGUUUUGUCUGCAUUUCUAUCAUGUUUUUCGUGACUGAAAGGAUGCUAGCAACAGAACAUAUGCUAGCAGCUUAGCUGGAUGAAAUUUACACCUGUGUGUGUAUGAGAGUGAGAGUGUGUGUGUGUGUGUGUGUGUGUAUUUUUUUUGUUUCUGUAAAGGAUGACACUUGCUCUGAGGACCACUCAAAACUUCAAGAAGACAUAGAGAGAAACGUUGCUGGAAAAAAUAAAACAGAACCAUUUGCUAGCUUUUUUUUUUUUUUUUUUUUGGAAACCUCACUGUUUUUGAUUUCUUUAGCCACAAGGAUGUCACUGGAGUUUUUUUUUUUUUCUUUUAUUAAAGCCUUCUGGAAGUCAUAAGCUAUCAUGAAUUCUGAAGACGCUAAGCUAAAUCGCAGACUCGGAGGAUUAGCAGCUAGCAAUAGCACCUCACUUGUGGCUCUGGGAACUGGAAUAUGGACAUGGAAUGGAAUGUGAACUUUAAAACUGCAGGAAUGUUUUUAGAUUAAAAAAGCAAAAAAAAAAAAAAAAAGAGGGAAAACUUGACAUUUAACAUUUCAUGAAAGCCAGAGAUCUUGUUUGUCUGUUCAUUUCCAUUCCAAACCUGAAAAAAAAAAAAACAA